UUCGUCUGCAAGUACAAUCUGGAACUUCGUCAUUUCACUCUGAUUUACAUAUAUAAAUACUUGUUUGUUUUAACUCCCGAUAAGUCUGCAAAUAAAAUGACAAGGCAAGAUAUAUAGGAAACUUCAUUUGUCGUUAUCCAAACAUAUAUUUGUCACAGAAAGGAGAGAUGGAGAACGACAGACAAGCCAACUCCAGAGACACUGGCAGUGCACUCACUUUGUUACUACAAAUCAUAAGAUCUGCUGUUCUGAUUCUAAUAAUGAUGCCACACGAAUCAAAUGGUAUGGAGUGCUUCGACUGUACCUCCACCAAGGUAUCAUCUGACGACGCAUCCUUCAGUAAGGUUCUGGGAACCUCGGUGCUACCCAAAGACAUGACCUGCCUUGAUAUUAACCGGAUCAGGAACGACCCUGAAAAAAAGACCGCUUGUCACUCGGGGAUAUGCCUCCGUGGUGAGGUCACCCUGACCAUGAAGUUCCCUUUGUCAGGGUUUGGGAGAAAUUUCAGCAUGAACAUCCACACCUUUGCACGAGCCUGUGCACCAAACAACACGGAUUUCUACGACAGUUGUCGCCAGUUCAGCCCAAGUGAUAACGACACGUGGGAUGCGGCCUACUUUCCCGGGAUGACGUAUCCGGACGUGGGAAUCACAAGCAUCGUCGGUGAAGUGUGCGCAUGUAAUUCUAGCUCUCUCUGCAACGGUCAGGAUGUCACCAUAAAUGGGAGAAUGACUAUGUGGAACUACGGUAUGAGUUUAACUGCAUACGUAGUGCUCACUUAAUUCAUUGUUUUUGUAAUGGGAUUUGAAAUUUUAACUGUAUGUUUUAUGGAAAUUGGCAGGGUGUUUAAUUGUUGUUGCUGUAAUCGCUUCUGUUUUAUUAGUUAACAGUCAAGGUAACGUUAAAUGAUUCUUAACCAUGACGUAUUUAGUGUUUUAUUUGUCCAAAUUAUAAACAAUGAGGAAAGAUGUUCUGGAAACAGAUGCAUUUCUUACUAGUAUCUUGUUCAACUAUCUUCUGCCGACGUUUGAUAUACAUAUAAGUAAGAAAAGAUUUACAAGAAGGAUCUUCAAUGUCUUGAUUAACGGUGUAAAUAUUUAUUUCAAAAAUUUAUAUUUAUCUGAAUGAUUGAAUAAUGGAGGCACAUGUGGGAAAGCGAAGAUGCUCGACAUUUAUUGUACAGUCACAUGAAAGAAUUUCAACAAUAAUAUAAAGACUUAUACUGAAUAGUCAGCCGUUUUGGACUAUUAACAAUGUAAACAAGCAUUUUCUCUGCAAAUACCAGAUAUUAAGCACAUAUUUUGUCAAAACUGAAUACAUCAUUUUAUUCACCAAACUGCCUAUAAAUUGUCAAAAAGUAAUGAUUCAAAAAAUCUUCCACUUUCA